UGGCUCAGGGUAGUCAGAUAUUUUGGUCGACGGGAUAGAGGCAUGGACGGGCCCACGCUGGCGGUCUUGCUGUUUGUCCUCCUCUUUGUCGGUGCCAUCGCCGGCUAUGUGUACUUCGUGAACAUGAAAAUGGCAGAGGCUGGCAUGGGCCAAAAGAAUUCUGGCAAGAAGAAGAUCAAGAAGAAGGAUCGCUGACCUGGAAGAGAGGAAGCUGACCGUGGAACCUUAAUGGACAAAGCAUCCUGGUCGAUCGACGGCUGAUCCUGCCAGCUUUUGUGAUCUCGCAGCCUCGCCAAUAUUUCGCAAAUACAAGGCCUUGCCGAAGGCCAUUGGCCACACGGCCGAAAAAAACUGGCAAUUCUGCCCCCCGAAGGAAAAAAGCUCGCGCGAGCCAGCCAGCCGUGAUAGACGCGGGGAUGCACUCGCAACGUGCCUGGGCUCGAAGCUCCGGUAUGGCCACUUACGGGGAGGCGUUGAGCGCCCACACUGAAGAGUUGCGCCGCAAGGCGAGGGACGAGCGCCAGAAGCAGGAGCGAGUGAAACAAGAGAUCGAGGCAGUCGAAGAUGAGGCUGCGCAGCUGCGGCGGGAGGCCCUGGAACUGCAGCUGGAGGCGGAGCAGCAGCGCCAGGACUGCCUUUCGCUUUCGGAGGCCAAGCUGGAUGUCGGGGCUUUGAGAAAGCAGGUGGCUCGACGCAAGCAGCAGGUUCUGACUCUCACCGAGGAGCUCGAGCAAAAGCAGGUGGACACCCAAUAUUUGCUGGACAAGACGCUGGUAGAGACGCGCAAGGUCACGUCUGCGCAUGCCCUGCACAUGGAACAGCAAUGGAGCAGCAAGCUGCAAGAAGAUGUGCAGCGAUUAAGGGACGCAGAAGCCCGUAUCCAACAGCUGCAGGAGGACUUGUCCGCCUUCAAGGCGGAGAUCGCGCGCGCUCCGGGCCGGGCCGGCGCCGUGCAGCUCCUCGCUGUGCUGGACCAGCUGCGGCGCCAGCAGGAUGCGGAGCUGCAGCAUUGGGAAGCGGAGCAGGCGGCAAAGGAGCUUCUGGAGUUGCGCGACAGGCGGCUGUCCGAGAAGGAUGAGCUGUUGGCCAGCCUGGAGUUUGAGACCAGACGGAAGGCGGCGAGCCUGGUGCCGGACGAGGAGGAAGAGCGAAAGGAGGAGGAGGAGUUGCGCAGUCGCAUCGCCAGGAAUCGGCGACGAGCGGAGCGUGCUGAAAGAGACUUUGAGAAGCUGAAGGCUCUAGCCAAGCAAGAAGAGGCUGCCAAGGUGCAUAGCACACUGCCUCCCUUGUCCCAAGUCAGGUCGGCCGGAGAGUUCACUGUGGUGGGUGCGUUGAAGGCCUUGGACCAGCUGGGCGCGGAGCGCUUCGGGCUGCUGAGACCGGGCUGAUCGCGGUCUCGGCGCCGAGGCGCCGAGAGUCUGUACAUAGGCAAGAAGCCCCAAGAUCAAGUUGCAUGCCUCAAAUGAUUGGCCCAUGGUGCCUGAGAGUCAGCAUCUCUGUCUCAGGAGAGGCUAAGGAACAGACAUUUGCACAGCCUUACACGGUUUUGUUCGUGCCCGCUUGCCAUGAUCACAGCUUGAAUCCCGCAACGAAC